CUUGGGGGAAGAAGCGCUGCGCACUCACGGGGAACGGCCGGUCAGGAACUGCCGGCAUGGCCUAGACUCACACGCUCGGCUGAGCUGAUUUCGCUAUGGACGCGACACAGAAGAGAGACAACCACACCCCGUCGUGCUCGGUAUGUCAGAGAAGGAAGGUCAAGUGUGAUCGCGUAUAUCCCUGCGCUGCCUGCACGAAAUCUGGACUGGAAUGUGUAUUUCCUGAACCUGGCACGCACGGGAAAAGAAAGCGGCGCAAUACCGGACACCAGACAGCAACGCAGGAUGGAUCAACCAAUUCUCGACCUUCUUAUACCGACCGAGCAACCACAACUGCCACCAUAGGGUCGUUCAGGGAGCCAGCGAAUGACAUUUCAUCACCAGCAUCGACGAGCUCGCAAGGCGCAGGCACUUCCACGGCACGUCUAGUCUCGGAAGGCGGUGGCUAUCGCUAUGUCAACAAUCACCUAUGGAAUGCCAUCUCCACUGAUCCUCACGCUUCGAAUGGCAGUCCGACUGUCAGCCCAGAGGAUGCUAAACCAAGUCCUGGUGGACGAUCAGGGCAUGGUAUAUACGAAGAGCCAACAAGGCCGGAAGAUGCCAGCACCGGAAGAAACUUGAUCUUCGGUGGCAGUGGUCCAGGUCACCCGGGUUCCUUUCAAGCACCUGCGAGCCAAAUCGUUUUCUUGUGGCAAGCCUUCCAGGGCAAUGUUGACCCAGUCAUGAAGAUAUCUCACGCGCCAAGCGUUCAAAACAUCGUACUCGGCCAGAUCGGAAACCAAGUGCUACCUCCUAACGAACAAGCUCUUGUGUAUGCCAUCUACAUGAUAGCUGUUGUCUCGCUCACUAACGAGCAGUGCGGAGAAUCCUUGGGCGAAUCGCGGAACGGCCUCCUUCAAAAGUACAGGGCAGCUACAGAGGCUGCGUUAUCAGCUGCUGGGUUCAUCACAAGCACCGACAUUAUGGUCUUGCAAGCUUUGAUCUAUUACCUGAGCGCAUUGCGCAGUCUCGGUGAAAUUCAGCUUGUGUGGUCACUGCUUGGGAUCGCCAUCCGAAUUGCGGGAACGCUUGGGCUGGCCCGCGAUGGCACCUCUCUGGGCCUGUCACCAUUCGAUACGGAGAUGCGCAGACGGCUCUGGUGGGGUCUCGUGUACUUCGACGGGCGUAUGGCGGAACUAGUAGGCCAGGACGGAGAUCUCAUGGGCAGCAGCUUCGACGCUGGUGCCCCUUCGAACCUGAACGAUAGCGAUCUCUUUCCAACCAUGACCCGCCUGCCAGAAGCUCGGCGCGGUCCAUCAGAUGCUUGUUAUCUCCAAGCACGUGUGCUCAGCAUCACUGUUGCUCGUAGUCUCCAGAGCAUCACCGGCCCUUCUGGAACCUGGCAUAGAUUGCACGAUGCUAGUAUGCCCACGGCGGAGAAGCUGGAAAUCAUGCGACGCAUCGAGCAACGCUACAGUGAGGAGAUUAUAGAGCCAUGUGACCCAACCGUGCCGUUACAAUGGCUCAGCAUCAAUACUGCGAAGACCUUUUCGACCAAGUUGCGAUUGAUCUCAAAAAUCCCGAUCGUAGAUCUGGACAAAGACUGGGAGGACGCCGAUGGCUUCUCGGAGAAUGCAUUCAUCCUCAGCAUGGAUCUUCUUCAGAUUCAGCUGAAUCUUUGGUGUGAGCCGUCGGUCCAGCCCUGGAGGUGGCACUGGCAAGCACAUUUCCAAUGGUAUGCUUUGGUGACUCUGCUUCGACAAACGAGGCUACGUCGCUCUGGCCGAGGGGCUUCGAGAGCGUGGACGCUGAUUCGAAAGGUUUUCGACAUCAUAAUCCCUAGUCUGGAGACUGGUCCGAAGAAGAGCCUGUUACUGGAAGGCAUACACUCUUUGCUCAAUGCCGCAAAGCGACAACAAGAGCUUCCUGACCAGAAACCGCUUUCAUCAAACAGCGACCAGAAAUUGCCCUUGAUGACUGGCCAAGCCGUGCAGUCUCCAGCUCCAGCCUUCACACCAACAAAUGGCCAUGGCGCCCACCCACCCGCGUUCGCGCCUCAGUCGCAUAGCAUGCCAAUGCCCGGAAUGACAAUGCAUCAACAGAUGCCUCCUCCUGGCAUGUUCGGGCAGCCCUUCAUCGAUAAUUUCGAGGAUCCUGUGCUCGGUGGGCUGGAUUUGACGGCCAUUGACUGGGUGGAAUUCGAUCGGCUGGCAUCAGAACUCUCGCAGCAGUGAAGAACGACAGUAUCAUUUGAGAACCAGACUCCUCAAAAUGGGACCGACAAAGGUCACAUAUAUCUUUCGAAUCCGACUCGGUGCCGAAACACUUGGUCGUGGACGAAGUGCGCGCGCACGUGACCUGUCAUCCGAACUCAGUGAAGCUCGGAUGGAGGAGCCGAAAGUGAGAGGAUGUCUCAUCGCAAGACACGUGGUAUGAUAUCGUACCAAAUAUGGCAUUCGGGCCA